AUGGAUCUGCGCAAAGUCCAAGCAAAGCCGGUUAGGACUGCCUAUGUCUCCGGCUCGCCACCGCCGAGCUACGUGCAGCAGCUGAGUUCCCGGCGGGCUGGCGACCUGCUCCUGGCUAAGUGGAAUGAGGUGGCGAGAGGUGAACGGCCCUUUGCCUGUGACUGGCCUGGCUGCGACAAGAAAUUUGCUCGUUCUGAUGAGCUGGCCCGCCACCACCGGACGCACACAGGCGAGAAGCGGUUUCCCUGUCCCCUGUGUACCAAGCGCUUCACCCGCAGUGACCACCUAACCAAGCACGCCCGACGCCACCCCGGCUUCCGCCCGGAACUACUGCGACGACCUGGUGCCCGGAGCACCUCGCCCAGCGACUCACUGCCCUGCAGCCUGGCUGGCAGCCCUGCACCGAGCCCUGUCCCUAGCCCAGCUCCUGCCAGCUUAUAGAGCCUGGCCUGUCCACCCUGAGAGUGGCCUGCUCGCUAGGCCUCGGCAGGGAUUUCCAUCAAGGGACAUCUGUCCUCUGGAGAGCCCGUGUUCUGGAGUCCCAGCCCAUAUCAAGGAAGCCUCAAGGGGACUGAGAAUGGACUUGGGUCACCAGGGGGCCUGGGAGGUGGUCUCGGGCUCUGUGUGUAAAUAGCCAUGAUUAACUGUCCCAUCCCCUCUGCAGGAAUCCCCAAACGGGCAGUCAGCAGGUCCUCGUGUCCCCUGCUGCCAUUUCUGCCUUUUCUCCUGGGUGGCACUGGGCAUGAAGCCUCGCCACAAUCCCACUCCUUAAUCUUUAGCCCCUCGUCACUCCUCCAGGUUGGGACACAGGUACACAGAGCCAUAGGUGACUGGGGCUUCCCGUGGGCCCCGACCUGUCCCCACCCCACUGAAAGCCAUUGGCAGAAGUUCAGGGAAAUGGAGGGGGUGCAGCCUGGCUGACCCCCCAACAUGGGUACUCAAAUCUCAGGUGUCCACAGGUUCUGCCCUCAGUAAGGGGCCACCCACACCCCCAGCCCUGGGAAUAUAGGAGGAACUGCAGUUCUCAGAGGACUUAGGGUUGGGGGCACAGGCGGGUGUGGGGGUGCCCUCAUCGAGCAUCAGCACCCACUUUGGGGUGUGCUGUUGGGCAGGUGGGAAACAAAUUAUUUAUUGUCCUCUCUGACUGUUGGCGUGGGGGGCCUGGCCCCCCCCAUCUGGGUGUGUGUGUGUGAGAGAGAGACAGUGGGUGUCUGGUGCCUGGGGCCCUGCCUCCCUACUCCCACUGGAUUAGGGUCCCUGAGUUUGGCCUUUGCGGCAUUGCGUCUCAGACAAUCUUCUAUAGGACUGUGUGGGCUCUGCCCUGCCCUUCGUGUCCCCCACACUCCUGGGUGUCUGCAGAGGUGGCCUUGGCCUCCAGGACUGGAAGCAGGGACUCAGCUCCUGGGCCUUCUGGGACAGCUCGGGUUUUUUUGUUGUUGUUUUUUGGUUUUUUUUUUUUGUUUUUGUUUUUGUUUUGUUUUGUUUUGCUUUUGCUGGGAUAGACUAUUUUUUUCAGGCUCCAGUUCCUUGUUUCAGGGGCCCCCUUGUGUGGCCACUAUCCUCAGGGGUAUGAGUGUUGGGGGGAGGUCUCACCUGAACAUGAGGGUUGGUUGGGUGGUCUCUCCCAGAAGAAUUUCUCUUAGGGUUCUUUUCCUUUUCUAUGAAGGCAGUUUGGGAACCCAGAGAAAGUUGAGCUGCCCCAUAUCGCUGUAGGAGGUUUCUGGCAUUUCCAUUUAUUCCAGAACCUUCCAUCAUCCAAUGAGGGAGGCUGUAAGUACAGCCACCUUCACCUGAGCCUACCUGGAGGGACGCCUCCCUUCUGGAGCUGGGCUCGGAGGGUCCUAGGCCAGCCACCCUCCCAGGUACUUCCAUCUGCCCCUUCUCUUUGGACACAGAAAUGAGAUGCCUUAGUUGGGGUAGGGGUUGGGACCCAAUUUUGUGUCUUUUGGAUGUAUCUUGCUCUAUCCCGGCUCCUGGUCCCAUGCCCUUCCUGCAACAGGGUCUCAGGGUCCCGGGACCUUGGGAGGAAACUCGCCCUAACUUCAGGUUCUGGUGGGUCACUGGAACUUGGGUCUAACCAUUGAGAGGUAGUGUCUGUGACACAGGCAAGGCAGGAGUCCUAAGGGGUUUGUUCUUUCUGGGAGGGGUGCUCCUCUUCCAUUCUGCCUGGCCUCUCACCCUUGUAUUUAAUUAAAGAAGCCCUUUUUUAAAAACCUG